UGUGAGUCGCUGCGUCAGCGGUCACGUGAGGGUCACGCAGCGGCGGAAGUGAAGCUACAGGCGGAAGUGAAGCUGCAGUUUGAACAACAAGCAGCAGCAGAGAACGUUCAGUAUGACCACGGCGGCUCUGACUGCGGGUCUGGAGCGGAUUCCGGACCAGCUCGGGUUCCUGGUCAUCAGCGAGGACGGAGUUCUGGCUUCUGCAGGUGAGCUGGAGAACGAUGAGCACACUGCAGGUGUGAUGAUGCAGAUGGUCCGGACGGCCUGCCGCUUCCGGUUAUCCGGGUCAACAGACGCGCCGUUCAAACGCAUGUCAGUGAUCCUGGAGGAUUUUAUGUACGUAGUGACGAUUUCAGGUCAGAAAGUGUUUGUGGUCAAACGUCAGAACAACCAGCAUGAACCAAUCAACGUGUAGAACGUCACCCGGAGCCAACGGGGCGGAGGCGAUGGCGUCAUUUUGUGAUUUAUUUUUGUUUACGUUGUCUGUAUAAUAAAGAGUUUGAAACUUGA